GGAUCCCCUCAGUACAAGGUUCCCUCUUCCCUAGGCUUGUCUCCCCCCGUCUUUGCGUACGAUGGCUCCCUACUUCCUACGCAGCCUCAUCCCCCGCCGCGAGGCGCGAACGGAGGGCCGCCCCCUCCUCCAGGCCCUCGCUACUGUGACAUGGGUUCAGUGGGGCCACUUCUGGGCUGGUUGGCUCGCUUGGACGUGCGACGCGAUUGACUUCUUCUCCGUCUCGCUAUCCGUGACGAACCUCCAACAUCAAUUCGGGAAAAACACCCAUACCAUCUCGACCGCCAUCACGCUCACACUGCUCUUCCGCUCCGUGGGCGCAGUCGUCUUCGGUAUCCUCUCUGACAGAUAUGGUCGCAAAUGGCCGCUCAUUGGCAACCUCCUCUUGGUCUCCGUCCUCGAGCUUGGCUCCGGAUUCGUCCAAACCUUCCCGGCAUUCCUCGCUGUCCGCUCGCUCUUCGGUGUCGCAAUGGGUGGCAUCUGGGGCCUAGCAGCCUCGACCGCGCUUGAGAACCUGCCUGUGGAAGUCCGUGGUCUCGCGUCGGGCGUCCUGCAGCAGGGCUACGCCGUCGGCUAUCUUCUCGCGGCUGUCAUCAACUUGACGCUCGUCCCUGAGACCUCGACUUCAUGGCGCUCGCUCUUCUGGUGCGCGUCCGGCAUUUCCGCCUUCUCGGCGUUCGUCCGCUUGCUCCUACCCGAGAGCGCCGUCUUCCUUCGCGCGAAGGAGGCCGCGCGAGCGCGCGGCGGGAGCUCGACGAAGAGCAAGACGAGGAUCUUCAUCCACGAGACCGGGGAGAUGCUCAAGCGGCACUGGCUUCUGUGCAUCUACGCCGUGCUCCUCAUGACCGGCUUCAAUUUCCUUUCUCACGGAUCCCAGGACCUGUACCCCACGUACUUGACACAGGCGAAGCUCUUCACCCAGCACGACGCUACCGUUGCGACUAUUAUUGGCAACUGCGGUGCGAUUGCUGGGGGUGCCAUUGCCGGAUGGGUCAGCCAGUACAUCGGCCGUCGGCUCACGAUCAUCAUCUUCGUUCUCCUCAUCGGCGCAUUCAUCCCGCUCUGGAUCCUGCCGACGGGUUUCGGUGCGCUUGCUGCUGGUGCUUUCUGCAUCCAGUUUGGCGUGCAAGGCGCCUGGGGUGUGAUUCCCAUUCAGCUUGCGGAGAUCUCGCCACCGGCCUUCCGUGCCACCUUCCCUGGUGUUGCUUACCAGCUGGGUAACAUGGUCUCCUCUGCGUCCGCGCAAAUCGAAGCCACCGGCGCCUCGAACCUGCACACGACGAUCACGGGCAAGGACGGGAAGCCGACGGUCGUGUCCGACUACGCGACGGUGCAGGGCAUCCUCAUCGGCGUCGUCGCCGCGUUCGUGCUCGUCGUGACGAUCGUCGGCCCGGAGAACUUCGGCUCGCACUUCGAGAAGCACAAGGCCGCGUUCGAGGAGGGCGGCGGCCGCGACGAGGUCGUCGAGGACGAGGACGAGAGCGCGAAGCCCUCGCGCCCGACGAGCGUGCAGAUCGUUGACGAGAAGCGGAGCACGCCCGAGCCUGUUUGAGGCGAACAUGCCGCGCGACGGACGGGGUGGUGACGAUACCUUUCAGCGUGGCGGGGUUGGACGCUCCCGAUGCACGCCGCGGUGUUGAGGCUUGCCCGGCCCGUGUGUGCGCGUGCUGCUGGGUGAGGUUUGGGACGUGCUGUUACGUGUCUGCGUAUGUAUACGUACAUGUCAUGACUGUGACGACUAGUUAGUGCUUUUGUUUGUACUGUAUUUGUAACGAUCUCUGUCGAUUGAUUGUGUUGGCGAUUGAUA